GCUACAUCCAACUUGCUUGCAUGCAAUCCAUCCCUCCAAAACCUGCUUCAGCUUCACUAACAUCACUGAAUAAUGUGGACACAUCCCCCGGAAUAUUUAGCACCAAAAUGACAUUGCAAAUUGGGCUUCCGAGAUCAGUGAAAGGCAAGAAACGAGCGAGAGAUUCGUCCCCGAGUUCUUCUUCACUCUCCUCGGCGCAUUCGGAAGCUCCUGUCAUCGCCCCUCCAGUGAAAAAACCUAAGAGAGCAGAAACAAGGCAAUGCCCGGCAUGUGCAGAAUUGAUUCCUGUGCGUCUGCUUGCUACUCAUGCGGCUCUUGAAAUGCAAAGGGUGGAAGACAUCAUUCGGCAUAUCGGUGAAGCGGAGGUCUUGGCAGAAGUUGAUGACUUAGGAGAAGGCCCGAGCAACCGCGCCCGGCGUUCUGCAUUAAAAGCUCGCAAACACCUUACCACCUCUAUCCCAUCCUCCACAUCUCCUUCUGCCGUUGACAAGACUAUUCAAAUCAUUACGCGUCGACGAAAAGCACGACAUCUACGCCUCAAAGAGCUUGCUAAGGAGCAUGAAACAGUGUCCUGGGUUAUGGAAGUUGAGGGAGGGACGUCAUGUCCUGUGUGUGCACAAGUAGUCAGAGGCGAUCGGGAUGUCGUCGAGGCACAUGUGGAUGCAUGUCUAACACAUGAAAGCACUAGGUUGGAACAAGAGCGGUUACGGGAUGAGGAAGAGGAUAUCCAUAUUGGUGGUGUUGGCGGUAGCAUUAGGACAAGGGUCAUUACAAGUGCAAGUCUACGAGGCACUGGUAUCCAUAUUCGAACAUCUAAUUCACUGGACAUCGAGGAUGAAGUGGACAUAGAUGGCGAGGAUGAGGCAGUAUUCGGAGAGGCACAGUUUGGCGAAGCUGAUGUCCUGGCUUUGCCCUCAAGUGAUCGGGAUUUGCACCCUGAGAAUGAAGAUAAUGACGUCGACAUAGAUGGUCAUAUAGGAACCGCCCAAGAACGUCAGACGCUCAGACAUCUGAUAGUUGAGGGCAAGGUCUUAAUGAAAACAGAUAGUAUAGAGGGCAAAGUUAUCCAACCGAUCGAGAUAGAACAGCUCGAUCUCGACAUUAUCACUGCGCGCUCGCGAAAUGACCCUAGCGCACUUAUUCUGGCUCUGGAAAACAAGCUGAAGGCUCUGGAAUCUAAUGCUGGCUCAACAUCUUCACUUAACCUGUGCCGUAUCUGUCUUUCACAGUAUACCGACCCAACGGUGUCAACGGGAUGCUGGCACACAUGUUGUCGUGAAUGUUGGCUUCGCUGUCUGGGGGCAACUAAGCUUUGCCCCAUGUGCCAACGAAUUACCAGCGCCGCAGAGCUAAGAAGGGUGUAUAUGUGACGUUGCAGACUUAAUCUUGCUUUCGAUACCUUAAAUAUAGCAU